ACGGAUCCCCUCGGUCCGCCCCGCCCCGUCCAAUGCGCGCUCUAGGGUCUUUAAGGGGCGGGGUCUGCUCGGACGUGCUUUGCGUCAUCAGCGUGCGCCGCGGCCGCGGUCUCCACGUGGGUUCAGCAGAGACUCGGGCUGGGGAUCAUGGCGGGAGCCGAGGCCGGGGGCGCGGCCGGAGCCCAGGCCCCGCAGCCGCAGAAGCGCUACUAUCGGCAGCGCGCUCACUCCAACCCCAUGGCGGACCACACGCUGCGCUACCCUGUGAAGCCAGAGGAGAUGGAUUGGUCUGAGCUAUAUCCAGAAUUCUUCGCUCCACCGACUCAAAAUCAGAGCCACGAUGACCCGAAGGAUAAGAAAGAAAAGAGAGCUCAAGCCCAAGUGGAAUUUGCAGACAUAGGCUGUGGCUAUGGUGGCCUGUUAGUGGAACUGUCACCGCUGUUCCCAGACACACUGAUUCUGGGUCUGGAGAUCCGGGUAAAGGUCUCAGACUAUGUACAGGAUCGGAUUCGAGCCCUACGAGCAGCUCCUGGAGGUGGCUUCCAGAACAUCGCCUGUCUCCGCAGCAACGCCAUGAAACACCUUCCUAACUUCUUCUACAAGGGCCAGCUGACAAAGAUGUUCUUCCUCUUCCCUGACCCACAUUUCAAGCGGACGAAGCACAAGUGGCGAAUCAUCAGUCCCACACUACUGGCAGAAUAUGCCUACGUGCUGAGAGUUGGGGGGCUGGUAUAUACUAUAACUGAUGUGCUGGAGCUACAUGAAUGGAUGUGUACCCAUUUUGAAGGGCACCCCCUAUUUGAGCGUGUGCCUCUGGAGGAGCUGAGUGAAGACCCUAUUGUGGGACAUUUGGGCACCUCAACUGAGGAGGGAAAGAAAGUUCUACGCAAUGGAGGAAAGAAUUUCCCCGCCAUCUUCCGAAGAAUACAGGAUCCCACCCUCCAGAUGGUGACCCCCAACACUACCCCUCCUGGUCACUGACUGCUUACCUCGCUUCAUCUGGACUCCUUCCAGGAACUAGAAAGAAGAUCAACCCCCUGGACCUUCCCAGCUGAGACUGCUGGGGCUUUGAGGCAACAAUCUCUCAAAGAAGUUGGGGGACUGCCCAGGGCAGAUCCCUGGUUUUCACUGCUACCCUUGCCUCUUCCUCUCCUGCCCCUCCAUUGCCAACAGGAAGUACAAGAAGCUGACUGAGAAGGUCAGAAGACCUUGAACCAGUAGGGAUAUUUGGGAGGGUUGGGGUCUUGCUCCUCCUUAGCACUUCCUUCUCCCCCUGGGAUCUCGCCUCAGCUGGAGUGAGGAAUACAGUUCUCCACUGUCCAUCUAAAUGGCCUGCUAAGUUCAAA